AUGAGGAGUCUAUCAACUUUCUUAACGCUGCUGCGCCUAGCAGACUGGCCGUGCUCGCCCGGCGCCUUCAAAUUCCCCAAGAAGCUCGAGGGCGCAGACCUCGUGGGCGUAACGGCGUCCGCGGUCAGAGAUCUGACGUUCAACCCCCAGACGCCAGAAGGUCGCGCAGCCAUCCCUUCAACCGGUGUCAGCUUCUGCAAUGUGACGGUCAAAUACGUCCACACGGGCUUUGACGACGUGACGCAGGUGCAGAUAUGGCUUCCGUCCGCUGAAGCGUGGAACGAACGGUUCGUGGGCGUCGGAGGAGGAGGGUACUCAGCCGGGCAGUUUGGGAGCGAAAAGGUCGUGGCGACGCUGGCGCAGGGAUAUGCGACAAGCUCGACGGAUGCCGGCCACGAUCAUACUACGUGGGAAGAGGCGCCUUGGGCGCUGAAGAAGGAUGGCACGGUCAACGAGCGAUUGCUCGUGAACUACGCCCACGUCGCGGUGCACGACAUGACCGUCAUCGCAAAGUCGAUUGUAGCGCAGUACUACUCUCGGACGCCAGAAUACUCGUACUGGAGCGGCUGUUCAACGGGCGGUCGGCAGGGCAUUAUCGAAGCGCAACGGUAUCCGGGCGACUACGACGGCAUCCUCUCGGGCGCGCCGGCCGUCAAUCAGCCGAGUCUCAUCAUCAGCACGUACUGGCCGCAAUUUGUGAUGAACCAGAUGGGCGUGUACCCACACAUCUGUGAGCUGAUUCUCAUGACGCAGUUCGCGGUUGACGCGUGCGACGAGCUGGACGGCGUGAAGGACAGUGUCAUCGCGGACCCGGAUAAGUGUCCGUUUGACCCGGCGAGUGUGGUCGGCAAGGAGCUCGACUGUGGGAACAUGAAAAUGGUCAUGUCGGCGGAGGCGGCCGAGGUGGCGCGGGAGAUUUGGCGCGGCCCGCACGGCGCGGACGGGAGACCGCUUUGGCUGUCGAAGGGGUAUCCGAAAGGGGCACCCUUCACAGGCCGCUUCGGGCUCGGGAAUACCAACUGCAGUGUAACGAACUCGCCUUGCGUUGGUCGGCCAUUCCAGAUGUCGGUGGAGUGGAUCCGCAACCUCGUCCACAAGGAUCCGAGCUACGACGUGAGCAGCAUGACGUUUGCCGAUCUGGAAGCGGCGUACGAGACCAGCAGGCGGGAGUUUGACAGCAUCAUUGGAGCGAACAAUCCAGACCUCUCAGAAUUCAAGAGACUGGGGCGCAAGAUGAUUAGCUGGCACGGGCUGGCUGACGAGUGUGUGACGAUGCGCACGUCUAGGGACUAUUACGACCGAGUGCUGGCGGUGGACGAGGCGGCAGAUGGGUACUAUCGCCACUUCGAGGCGCCGGGGGUGUACCACUGCUAUGGGCUGAAUGGCACGUUUUACCCGCUGAAGGGGUUGGAGACGCUGCGGGCAUGGGUCGAGGAGGGGAAGACGCCCGAUGUGAUGGACGGGUUCAAGUUGAGUGGAGGGAACGAUAGCACGGCACCGACGAGGCCGUUGUGCGCGUAUCCUGCGACUGUGAAGUUCACUGGUGGUGAUGCGGACAAGAAGGAGUCGUGGGUCUGCGAGAAGCGAUCAGCAAGUUACCCCAAACCUGAAUGGGAUCGGGACGAGUUAUGA